CUAUAUCAUGCAGCGAAAACUGAAACAACUUCCAACUCUUAAUAUCAGGGCAUUAUUAUUGUCUUCAAGAUCAACAUUGUCAUAGAGUGACUAUAAAAUUGAUAGUGUUACCAACAAUCACAGCCAAUAAUUUCCUUGUUAAAUUCCUACAACAGAAAGAUGUUGCAUUGAGUCCUUGAAAUCACAGACUUAGAAAAUUAAAUUACAUAAGAAGGGGAUGUUCAACGAAGGAAGGAAAAGAGUUGAGACAAGUACUCCCAAAUAUGCAACAAUCCCUUGAAGCUGGGACUGUAACUCCGGGAGAAAAUUUUAAUCUUCCUUUCUAUCAUACCGUUAGGUCCUAUCACAGCCACCAUUUAGCCUUUUUGUUUUUCGCCACUUUGUUAUUCCAUCAUCAGGAUAACCUUCGCACCAAGUUCUAGAGCUCUUUUUCUUUUUUCGUAAAUUUCAUUUGGAUAAAGUAACAUGGUAAAAAGUUCAUUCGGUGCCAAUGGUUAUAUAAUGAAAAGCAAGCCUCCCUUCUUUGUGACCCCUGGCACCCGGACCCUGGGUUUUUAACUCGGGUUAGGGACCGGAGUCUAAAGAUUUCUAGAGUGACGGAAUUCUCCGAAUGCAUAAUGCACACGCGGAUAACUGUGCACGUUUGCUAGGAAAGGAUCCACACUUCCACUUGAGCUUCAAAAGGGUCCAGAUCUAAGAACUUGCUGACGGAAAUGUGGGUAAUGACUCGGAACUGGGGGUAAAAACCCUGUAAUAACUUGUCCCUGACACCAAUCCAUCCAUCCCUGGUCCCUUAGAAAGUACUAACACGUUCUCGGUGGGAGGGCUCAGCUCUUCCCAAGUUUUCCUCCUGCCGCAUUCCUUCCCUCCACCGCGUCAGCGUGCGCCUACGUCAUGACGCCACACACGCAGUCCCACCCCUGCAGAGGUCGGCGUUGGGACGGAACCCAGGUUCUUCGCAAACCCGGAAUGUGAGGCUUUGGCCUGGCGUUCGGCUGUUCCCUGUCCCACCCUUUGCCCAGGCUGCUUCCGCUGCCACUGUCCCCAGCUCAGCCCCGGACGAGACAGGGCAGCCGUGCCCUUCUGUCGUGUGCCCGCGUGGCUGCCGCCGACCCUCCGAAUCCUCCGGGGCCGCAGAGGAGUUCGCUACGGAGGGAGGCGGGGGCCUUCGGGAGGAGGAGGCGGAGGAGGCGGAGGAGGAGGGAAGGAAGAUGGCGGCCGUGGAACUAGAGUGGAUCCCCGAGACUCUAUAUAACACCGCCAUCUCCGCUGUCGUGGACAACUACAUCCGCUCCCGCCGCGACAUCCGCUCUUUGCCCGAGAACAUCCAGUUCGAUGUUUACUACAAGCUUUACCAACAAGGACGCUUAUGUCAACUGGGAAGUGAAUUUUGUGAAUUGGAAGUUUUUGCUAAAGUAUUGAGAGCUUUGGAUAAAAGACAUUUGCUUCAUCAUUGUUUUCAGGCUUUGAUGGAUCAUGGUGUUAAAGUUGCUUCUGUCUUGGCUUACUCAUUCAGUAGACGGUGCUCUUAUAUAGCAGAAUCAGAUGCUGCAGUAAAGGAAAAAGCCAUUCAAGUUGGGUUUGUUUUAGGUGGCUUUCUCUCAGAUGCAGGCUGGUACAGCGAUGCUGAGAAAGUUUUUCUUUCCUGCCUUCAGUUGUGUACUCUACAUGAUGAGAUGCUUCAUUGGUUUCGUGCCGUAGAAUGUUGUGUGAGGUUGCUUCAUGUGCGAAAUGGAAAUUGUAAAUAUCAUUUGGGUGAAGAAACAUUUAAGUUAGCUCAGACAUAUAUGGAUAAGCUAUCAAAACAUGGCCAGCAAGCAAACAAAGCUGCACUCUAUGGAGAACUUUGUGCACUCCUGUUUGCAAAAAGCCACUAUGAUGAGGCAUACAAAUGGUGCAUUGAGGCAAUGAAAGAAAUCACGGCAGGCUUACCCGUCAAAGUUGUGGUGGAUGUUUUAAGACAAGCUUCUAAGGCUUGUGUAGUAAAACGUGAAUUUAAGAAGGCUGAACAAUUAAUUAAACAUGCAGUGUAUUUGGCACGGGAUCAUUUUGGAUCCAAACACCCAAAAUAUUCUGAUACACUGCUAGAUUAUGGGUUCUACUUGCUCAAUGUAGAUAAUAUCUGUCAGUCUGUUGCAAUUUAUCAGGCAGCUCUUGACAUUCGACAGUCAGUGUUUGGUGGCAAGAAUAUCCAUGUAGCAACAGCUCAUGAAGACUUGGCUUAUUCUUCUUAUGUUCACCAGUACAGCUCUGGGAAAUUUGACAAUGCACUAUUUCAUGCAGAAAGAGCUAUUGGUAUCAUUACCCACAUCCUACCUGAAGAUCAUCUUCUUUUGGCUUCUUCAAAGAGGGUGAAAGCACUUAUUUUAGAGGAGAUUGCAAUUGACUGUCAUAAUAAGGAAACUGAACAGAGGCUGCUUCAAGAAGCUCACGAUUUGCACCUGUCUUCACUUCAGCUAGCUAAAAAAGCUUUUGGGGAAUUUAACGUACAGACUGCAAAACACUAUGGAAACCUUGGAAGACUUUAUCAGUCCAUGAGAAAAUUUAAGGAAGCUGAAGAAAUGCACAUCAAAGCAAUUCAGAUUAAAGAGCAACUUCUUGGUCAAGAAGAUUACGAAGUAGCCCUUUCAGUGGGACAUCUGGCUUCUUUAUAUAAUUAUGACAUGAACCAAUAUGAAAAUGCUGAGAAACUUUAUUUGCGGUCUAUAGCAAUUGGGAAGAAACUGUUCGGUGAAGGCUACAGUGGACUAGAAUAUGAUUAUCGAGGCCUCAUUAAACUUUACAACUCCAUUGGAAAUUAUGAGAAAGUGUUUGAAUAUCACAAUGUUCUGUCUAACUGGAACCGGUUGCGAGAUCGGCAGUAUUCAGUCACCGACGCUCUUGAAGACGUCAACACCAGCCCCCAGUCCACUGAGGAAGUGGUGCAGUCCUUCCUGAUUUCUCAGGAUGUUGAGGGACCGAGCUGCUGAGGGAGGACCUCAGUUAACCAAUUACCUUUUCCCAGAUUCCAGGGAAUUCAUACUGUGAAAUCAAAACCAUGUUGUUUUUAGGGGCUGGAAUUUGCAUUGAAACACUGGUCCAGUCCAUUAAAGACCCCAUUUGGGGUGACCCCUAUCUUGCAGAGUGUCCGUAGGAAUAAGCAUAUAUUCAGUUAUAUUCAGCAUGUACCGCAUGUAUAAGUAGUCUGGCCCACAUUUUCAACCUAGUAGAACAAACAACAGAAAAUCUUUUUUUCUUUUUAAAAAAUAAUUCAUUUUGCAGAAAGUCUGAAAGAAAAAAAAAGAACCCCCAAAUAAAACUAUUUAAGAGUUUAAAAGAGUUGCAUUCUUAUUAUGUAAGGAUGAUUUUAACAACUUUUUAACAUAAAAUUCUUCCAUGUGGAGGUAUUCAAUACUGUAUUAUAAAGACGUUUUAUGGGGAAAUCUUUAUAUGCAGUAUAUAAAAGUUAACACAAGUACUAAUGAAGGAGGGACAUCUGACUUAGGUUUGGCUACCUUACCCAGAGAAGUGGAUAUAACCACUCUGGAGCUAUAUUACAAGGGAGUGACUGUCAGAUUGAUCUGAACUGGACCAGUGUUGAACUGUAAGUAAUAGAAAAUCUGAUAGACCAGCAGUUUUAACCUUUUUGUGGGGGAUCGGGGGUGGGUACAACAAUGCAAGAUGCUCUGAUAGCAUUUGCUAACAGGACCAGGAGCAUAUAAAAAGGACCAGCCUAAUGUAGAAGGCGGUUACUUGGACCAGAGGCUUUAGAUUGUUAUUUUAGACCCUGCAUAUACUUUUAUCAGUAGAAUGAUUUCAUUUAAUGUAUAAUGAAAAGUGAUAAUUCAAAAAUUAUAUUCAUAUAUCAAACUAGGAAAAUUGGCAAUUUCAGUGGCGUAUCUUUAGUCCAGGUGCACAGAUGGCAAUGCCAUAGCAAAGUCUGUGAAUGUCUGCUGCAGCCGUCCCUCUCAUUUUAAAUGUCACCCCAAUAAUCAGUGCGGUUAACAAGGAUAUUGAUUGGCCAAGUCGGGAAACAGCUUAUGCUCACAUGGGAAUUUUAAGUUACUAUAUGAUUUGUGGAGAUUUAUGAAAAAUGAAUGCCCUAAAAUAAAUCUUAGAAAAUCCUCCAUUUGUAUGGUAAAUAACAGUACAGCUGGGUCAAUUUAUUUGAAAUCCAGGAGUCAAAUGGAAAAAUCCCCUAAUGAUAUGUCUAUUUCACUAUUUUGUCUUUUUGUUUGUUGAGUUUUUAUUUUAUUUUACUUUUUAAAGCCAGUCAGGUUAUUUGAAGUUGAGGUAAUACUCAAAUUUGACGAUUUGUGACAUACAGCAUUCCCAGAAACAAAGGUCUUUUGCUGUUACCUCAAUUCUUGCUAUAGGGGCCCCUCUGUUGCCUCUGUAGUCAAGAAUCUGGGUUUCCCCCCUAUUUUCAGGGGUUCAUGACUUGGCUGUUAAGAUGUUGCUCCUGGCUAAUGCUUGGAGUAGUCUGGGUGAGUGGAUGUGUGUUGAAUUUUUGGUUUUCUUUUAACAUGCAUGUUGGGUGGGAGGGGAAAAAAUCUAAACUGUCCACCACAUUGAGUACAGAAAGUGAAGAUUUCAGAUUUUAUUUUAAGCACUUUUUUGAACUUUCCUACUAAAAAUUUGCUUGAACUGUUAUUUGCAGUCUUGUGAGCCAGUGUGUUUAAGUCCCCAGAAGGGAAUUGACCUGGAGCUGUACCUAGAGAUGGAGCAGAGUCACACCCUAUGAUGGUAACUAUGUGAUUUAGAAACCUGGGUUUAUCCCUCAAAUUGAAUUCUUAUUUUUUACAUUUUGGACAAAGUUGGCACAAAUCUGCAGUUUAUUAAGCUGGUCUUCCUCCCAGUUAAUUGUGAUGUAAUACAGAGAGGUUCCUCUUUAUCAAUUACCAAAUAGUCUGUGUGACCAAGAACUAACAUUUUUAAGUUACUCAGCUCUAUCCUCAUGGGCCUCUAUAUUUAGUAUCUCCAAAGAUAUUUCCAGGACAGGCUUUGUAUACUUUUAUUGGUUAUUUAGAAUCCAGCGGUAUGUUUGUGGUAUAGGAAUGUCAUGGUAAAUUGUUUUUCAAUAAAUAUUUUGAAACAUGUUUCAUAUGAAGUUUUUUUCUACUCAAUUUGUAUUUUUUGUUUUUGUGCACAUAUAGCAUUUCUUAGGAUAAAAUCAAGCAAAUGACUUACAGCCUCCUCCUCCCUAACUCAGUUGGAACUCAACUCAGCUUACACUCAGUGAUAAAGCAGUGAGGAUUCACAGGGUGAUGUUAAGUGGCAGCCACUAUUUUUUAAAACAUUAUUGGCAGUUUCUCCUUAUCACCACUGCAUUAAUGUCGUUUUCUGUAAAUCCAUACAUUUUUAUGCUUUUAAUGCAUACACUCUAGCUUAAGAAAACAGAUUUGCCAUUUUCUGUUAAUGAUCUGACUUAAUAUGCUAUUGUUUCUGGUUCUGAUGAAUAAUACUGUAAUAAUCUUUUUAAAAAAUCUGAAAGGAUUAAAAGAAUAAAAUUUACCUCGCAAUAACAGAUAGCUUGCACAAACACUUUACAUAUGGGUUUGUAUGUAAGGAACCCCUGGCCAACUUAAAGAUUGUUCUGGAAGUUCAGCAAAAUAAUGUUAAAUUAAGUGUCUCUUGUUCUUUGUCUUCUCUGUCUUUUCUCUUACCCAGUCUUCUUCCUAAAGUUUGGUGCUACUCAAGUUGGGUGCAUCCGGGAGCUCUGUGAACACUUCAUGUGUCACACAGGUGGACAUUCGCGUCUGCACUCAGUUUAAGAGAGCUGAUUGGUUUUUUAGAGCAUAACUUUUAUGGGUCCUCAAAACUGACUUUGCCCAAAGGAUUGGGACCCUUACUGCCAUCAAAUCUCUGCUUGGUUAAAAUUGAACUCAUUACUGCCUUGUAGUGCCCUGCCCAGGUAUUCUCUCAUUUGUGAAAGUUGGGGAUUUUAGAAAGGCCCUUAUCUCUAGUCUGUUAGGAAUUGUUAAUAAUUAUGUGAAAAUUAAGUACAGAGGCUGCAAUCUUAGAAAUAAUGAGGGGAACAUUUGGCUGCUCCUUAUAGUACACACAGAAAGCUAAACAGCAAACACAUGCCUGAACCAUGAUUUUUGCCAAAACUUUACAAGUUGAAGGAAUGAUUUGCUAAGUAGCGAAUAGAGUUAACUGCCACUUACUUUUUAUGUUUUCCCUAGAACUUGUAGCCUUGCUGCUUCCAUACUUUUUCUGAAUAGCAAAGUUACUACUGGAAAAAAUGCUAAUUUAUAAGUACAAAAUUUGUAAAGAGUUUUAUUUUUGCUUUAAAAAUUUAAUGUGUAUUUCACCUCUUGGCUUUGGAGGACCUCAGUUGCCAGGAAAUUCUUCUUUUUUUUAACAUAACAUUUGGAUUAUUCUCCAGCUUGAACACUAGUAGUUCUUUUGUCCACAAAUCUCAGGAAUGUUUUAAGCAGAAAAACUGGUUUUACCCUGUUGAUCUGAAGGAGUGUGCUUUAGGAUUUAUUAAAUAAUACUAUUCUUUAAUUGCAAUCCUAGGUAUCUAUAGCAUGAGUGGCCUUAGUGAGUUUGUUGAAGUGCACAUGUUUUUCAAAAGUAAAAUUUAAGAUUAAAAUAUAUGCUAUAUAUAGAUAUCUAGAAAACUUGGUUUGUGGUGCACAGUUCAAUGUUGGAUCACUAAGUAACCGUUGCAGGUACCAGUUGUGUAACAUAACUCAUUUCUGUAUAUUCCUUUUAUGGGAAGAUAUGUUGCCAUGGUAACUAAACUUUUCAAUUGAGUUCUACUUUUAUGAUGUGAAUGAAUGCUACAUUUUAUUAAAUAUUACCAAGUCAGUACUAUUUUUAUACUUUAUUAAGCAACAGGGGAUUUUAGUUUAAUAGACUCAAAAUAAAAAAAAGCUCUUAAUGGAACAAUUAAAAGCAAAUUACUAACAAUCUUUACAUGAAAAUCCCCACUAAUCGUGCCACAGUAAUUUCUAUAGAAAUAUCUAAGGUCAUUAAAUAGAUUUUUGAAGACAGCUCUUCAUUGUGUCAGAAUGACCUUUCCUAUCAUCCUCACCAACUUGUAGUGCCCACCAUUAUUUGUAACUAUUAAAACCAUACUAAGUAUGUUUGUAACCAGCAUUGUGAUAUAUUCUGUACUUGUAUUGCUAAAAAAUGAAUUAUUGACUUAAUAAAUAUAGUGUUCCUGCA